AUGGGCGUUGAUUUGGACUACCUUACCCCGCGGGGUCUCUUGGUUAACAAGAAUUUUGUUUGCCAGGGGCCUUCAUUUAGCAGCCUCAUUCUAGCCAUCAACAAGAUGCUUGACGUGCCACACAGCAAGGAGACGAUGGCCCAGGAGUUUAACUUCUCCAGUGACGCAUUUGACGUGUACAUGACAGAGAUUCAUUUCAACGCAGGAAAGCUUAAGACAGCAUAUCGCGAUGUCGGAGACGUCUGCGACAGAAUCCUUGUCCUUUCGGCCUCAGCUCCCAGAGAUUAUGAUAAACUGUUUGAUGAUCUGGCACGGCUGUACAAGGAUGAAUCUGACAACGAGGCACUGCGCAAAUCUGUCAAAGAGCAGAUUGAUGCACGCUUGGCUGGCAUUCACAAUGUUUCCACCAAGGCUACGGCUACAAGAGCAGUCUUGGCCAAUUCCACAGACGCCGUCAAAUUAGCACAGGACCAGCUGAAGCAAGUUAGCGCCCAGCUAAACACCGAAGCCAUCUAUCGUCGACUCCUAGAGGCCUUUAUGCCUGAUAUGGUGAAAAUUGCCAUGAAUAACUUUGCAAUAAACAUGAUGAGAGCAUGGAUUGGGCAAAUCCAAUUGACUGACGGGACUGCGGCCUCGUUGAAUGAGCUGCAGAGAGCUGUUGGUGCUGUUGCGGAGAUAGACAUGGAUCUUGUCUCAUUGCGCAAGUACGUGGAGGAAAACACCACACCCGGGCCAGGCCCUAUUUUGGAUCUGCAGAAGGGCAACAUACUUGAGAAGUGGGAAGACUUGGACAAGGAAGCCCGGAUCCCUGAUCGUUACUGA